UAGAUCUGUUUUUAUUUUCAUCUUCAACGUCAGCAAACGAAAGUGAUGUUAUCAUUUUGUUAAAUAUACCUAAAGUUAAUUUUAGUUGUGGAAGGUCGUAAAAGAACAAUAUAAUAAUUAAGUACAUAAUAGAAACAUUUUAUGUACAUUAGUGAAUGUUCCGGAGGAAAAAGUGUAUAUAAACAUUCAAACUACAUUAUGGUAUUCAACUCGGAAACGGACCCGGUCAAUCUGUGUCGGGUCUGCAUCCAGGACGUCACGUACAUCCCAUCGGAAAAUAUCUUCCAGUCCUCGGAUGAUCCUGGCCAUGUCAAUAUCUACCGUAAACUGAGUGCCGUUUGCUCGCAAGUAUUCGCAGGUGAUGAGUCGGAAAGAAAACCGUCGGCUACUGAAGCACUCGUACUGCCCUUGAAUGUGUGCCACGAUUGCAAAAGAAAGAUAGACGAUGCUUACGAGCUGCACAGAAUGUGCCUGGAAAGUCACCGUCUGUUUGGGGAACUGCUGGCACCAAAGCUGGAGGAAGUGAUAGUCAAGAAAGAACCGGUGGACCCGGUUGAGGACAAUCUUGUACAGUUGGAAGAGCCUACAGUGUUCGCUGAUAUUCUGGAAGUCCCAUCGAAAAAAACAUCAGCUAGAGGAAAAGGAAGGCGCUCUAAGGUCAAACAAGGCAUCAGAAACGAAAAGGUCGCCAAGAAUCUAGAAGACAAUCAAGAAAUUCCAGCUUUUUCCUGUGAAAAGUGUGGCGCAGUAACGAAGCGUGAGUUUACCCUGCACUUGCACAUGAAAACGAAACAUCCCAAGGAUGUCUUCCAAUGUGACAAGUGCUACGAAGUUUACUUUGACGAGGCCAAAAUGCUGGAACAUAGGAAAAAUCACGAUCUUGCAAAACCGUACGCGUGUCCCAAUUGCCAAAAACGCUUCAAACGCCGGAGAGAUGUUACGCUUCAUUUGGUACUCUGCAAGGGCCAGACGCCCUUCCUGUGCAUCGAGUGUGGCAAGGGUUACGCCUACGCGAGUAGCCUGACACAGCAUCUUCUAAGUCACAAGGAGAAAUCGGUCGCGUGUGACCUGUGCCCGGUUAAGUUCCACACGAAGGGCGCACUAACUAUGCACAUCCGGCUGAAACACAACAAGGAGAAGAAUUACGUCUGCCAUAUUUGCCCGAAGCGGUUCGUGUCAGGUGACUCGUUGAAGUUUCACAUAUUAGCUCAUACAGACGAUCGACAGUUUAAAUGUGAUGUAUGCGAUAUGAGGUUUUUGAGAAGAAACAACAUGAUGCGACACAUGCGCACCCACACCGGGGAGAAACCCUACAAAUGUACCCAUUGCUAUCGAUCAUUUUCCCAAACGAACGACCUGGUCAAGCACAGCAAAGUCCACUUCGGUGACAAUCCGUACAAAUGUGACCGAUGCGAUGCGGCGUACCGUCUGUUGACCGAGCUGCGCGAUCACUACAAAGUGCACUCGGGCAGCGGCGGAUCAGACCAACCGGAUAACUUUAAGUUCACCAGUAGUGUUAGUGCGCUCCAGUGGCGUGCUGCGCAGGAGCUGCAGCAUGACGUCAGUCAAUCGUCGGCUGAACUAAGGCAGGAGAAAAUGGCGGAAUCGCGGAUGGAGGCGAAUGACGACUUUUGAAUAUUAUGUAAGUACCUAAAUUUUGAA